CGGUCAUUGCAUAGUCAACUACUAUAUGUUCUUUAUUUCAAUCGAAUCAAAAACAACGACAAAAAAAAUUUGAAAAAUGAAAUUCAUUAUUUUCUGUGCCAUUGUAAUGGCUGUUUCUGUUUCCGGUUUCAUCGUUGAUGUCGAUACAGAAGAUAAAUGGCGUAAUGCAUUCGAUCAUAUGUUGAUGGAAGAAUUUGAAGAGAAAAUGGAUCAAAUCGAACAUGGCCUACUUAUGCUCAGUGAACAAUAUAAAGAAUUGGAAAAAACCAAAAGCAAAGAAUUAAAAGAACAAAUUCUUCGUGAAUUGACAAUCGCAGAAAACUAUUUGCGUGGUGCCUUGAAAUUCAUGCAACAGGAGGCUAAACGUACCGAUUUAAAUAUGUUCGAACGUUAUAACUUUGAAACAGCAGUGUCAACUAUCGAAAUAUUGGUUAAAGAUUUGGCUGAAUUGGCCAAAAAAGUUAAAGCUGUAAAAUCGGAUGAUUAAAUACAAUCCACAAUUUAAUAUAACACAAUUUUCAUCAUCAACAUCGAGGAAAUAAUUAUAAUAUAAAAGACGAAAAA